AUGAAGAUCCUCGAUAAGGAAGAAAGGGAGGCUCACAUCCAACACAUCACUGCUGAAGGAGCCAAAGGUUUGGUCUACGGGGCCAUCGUGCUGGCGGGGAUCUUCACUUACGCCAAAUAUAAAUACCCCGCCAAGUUUAGAUCGUGGAACGCUCUGAUCAAAACGGCGUUGGUGAUCAUUCCCACUAUUGGCAUUGCUGCGUUCUGGGCUGAUCAGGGGCUGUGGGAGUUCGAUAAACGGAUGCACCAUCGGGGCGAAGAACGGCAACGAACUCUCGACGAGUACCGCAGAUGGAACCGCAUUGGUCCUGUGGAGAAAGUGAUGUCGCUGAUUGAUGACCAUUCGGUACAAGUGUUUGUGGGUGCAUUGGCGUUGGGGGCGUUCGCUUGGAAAAAUACUAAGGGGGCUCGCUUAAAUAGUGUACCUCCGAAAGUGUGGGCUCAGGGAGCUGUUGCUGCUCUAGGUUUGGGCGGUUUGCUUCUAGGCAAUCAUAAAUUGGUCCAACAAAAACGGCAACACGAAAAGUCAAUUGAGGUGACCACUAAGUGA